UCCACCCGAGCGCCGCCGCGAGCUACCACCCACCGCUUACCUAUAUAUACACUCCCGCCCAUGCCUCCAUUAAUCCCCAUUUCAUCAGUCACCAGGCAUACUCCACACACCUCUCUCUCUCUCUCUCAAAGAAGCAAGCAACCUACCUACUCACAGUUCACCGGGCAUCUCCACUAGCUGUCGACCGAUGGACGCCGCCUCCUCGUCGGACCAGGAGCAAGGCCCGCACAGGACGGUGUGGUCGGAGCCGCCGAAGCGCCCCGCGGGGCGGACAAAGUUCAAGGAAACGCGCCACCCGGUGUACCGCGGCGUGCGGCGCCGCGGCCGGGCGGGGCGUUGGGUGUGCGAGGUGCGCGUGCUGGGGACGAGGAGUUCUAGGCUCUGGCUCGGCACCUUCACCACCGCCGAGAUGGCCGCGCGCGCCCACGACGCCGCCGCGCUCGCGCUCUCCGGCCGCGACGCCUGCCUCAACUUCGCCGACUCGGCCUGGCGCAUGCUCCCCGUCCUCGCGACCGGCUCGUUCGGCUUCGGCAGCGCGCGGGAGAUCAAGGACGCCGUCGCUCUCGCCGUCUUGGCUUUCCAGCGGCAGCCGGCUGCGUCCCUCGCGCCAUCGUCGCCGCCGGCGCAGGCGGCCGACGACGAGAAGGAAUUUCAUUUCUCGCCGGCUCCGAGCACGCUGUCCAUGUCGUCAAGCGACCUGCUGGACGAGCACUGGUUUGGUGGCACGGACGCCGGGUCGUACUACGAUAACUUGCCGCAGGGCAUGCUCGUGGAGCCGCCGACCUCCAGGACGUGGCAGGAGGACGGCGUCCAGACGCCGCCCUGGAGCUACUUGUUCGAAUAA